AUGUCCUAUCCCGUAUACUUCCAGCAAGAUUACCUGAUGGCCAGGCCGUUCCAACAAAUGGGCCCCUCUGUCGUGGACAAUUCCCAGUUCCAGCAACUCCCUAGUCUGAGUACUCUUCCAGGGUCCUCCAACUACCAGUAUAACCAGCAAAUGCCCCAGCAGAUGCCUCAAAGAAUGUCACAGUUGGUGGACUAUUACCAGAUUCAAAACCAGCAAAAUCAACAGAACCAGGGUCAACAAAACCAGCUGCAGCAGCCCCUGCUGCAACAACAACAGCACCGCCAAAGCAGACCCAUGGCUUUACCUCAAAUCCACACGUCAGGCACUCCCCAGCCUCCUUCUCAACAGCUAGACACUCCUUCGUCACAAGACCCAAAGCUCUCACCGCCAGCGUUCCUGUUGCUGGUGCCAGUGCCACAAAUGAACCUUCUGGGCAUGGCUCAGCCGGUGCCUCAGGGGUACCAGCAGAACUACCAGCAACAGCCACAGCCUCAAAAUGCUAUACUAGUGCAGCCGGUGAUGACUUCUCGUUACCUGCCGCUUGCCAAUGGAGCACAAGGAGCUGGUCCUGUUCUGUCGCCAGGACACGGAUACCCACUUAGCCCGAGUCUGAUGAGUGGAGAGGCACAGAGAAGAGAUAGUGAUGAGCUGCUUAAGGUGCCUGGAACAGGCAUCAAUUACAAUUCCCUAGUGAGUUACACGGUAUCCCCAGCUAGCAGAAGACGCCGCAGGUCGGAUUAUAAGAUGGUUGGGGCCGAAAACGGACAGGCAAAGCAUACGUGCCAGACAUGUGGUAAGACCUUCCCCAAGCCUUAUAACCUUAAGCUGCACAUGAAGACACAUUCUACGGAACGUCCUUAUAAAUGUCUGAUGUGUCCCAAGUCGUUUGCACGUUCCCAUGACCGCAAACGUCAUGAACAUCUUCAUCAAGGAGUGAAGAACUUCAAGUGUGAAGGCUUCCUCAAAGAUGGAACGACAAAGUGGGGCUGUGGCAAAACGUUUGCACGUCUGGAUGCAUUGGCUCGUCAUUUCCGUACGGAAACCGGCUGGCUUUGUAUCAAGCCGUUGAUGGACGAGGCGAAGGAGGUGGAACUGGGUCGUUUGCAAGCCGAACACCCGCUGUACUUCCAGCACUCUAUAGCGCUUCCGCCACUCCGCCCACAAUAG